AUGGAUCCUGGACGUGAGCAGCAGCGCCAGCAAUUGGGCAAGAUGGGUCUUCUGGACAUAAUCGAGCAGCGCGAGAAAGAAGACCGAGCAGCAAUGGAAGAAUACAACGCCGCCCGCAACACCGAUCGAACAGCCGGCAAUCGCUCUGCACCCGACACCGAUGCUCAGCCGCCCCAUCCCGGCUUCAAUCCAAACAACUACGGCAUGAUAAUGCCAUUCGACGUCUCCGAAAACCUCAUCACCGGCUGCAACAUCUGCCCGCAACAAACCGGUCUCAGCCGCUGCAGUGCCUGCAAAGUAGUCCACUACUGCAGCCCCGAGCACCAACGCGCCGACCGCCCCGCCCACAAGGUGUGGUGCAAAUCCAUCAAAAAGAUCACGUUCGUCCUCGACAAAGACGAAGCCGCCCUCCGAGCCCACAAAGGCGAUAUGGAUACACCACCCAACGCCUUCGAAACCGCCGUCGGCGACUUCUGGCGUUACAGCGGAACGAGGAAUUACAUGAGGUCACGCAACGAGCUCUUAAGAGAACUGCCUAGGUUGAAUACCAAAGCGGCGGUGGAAGCUGCGCUGGAACACGCGCUUGGGUUGAUGCGGUUGAAUCUGCAGGAUCCGAUGUGUGUGAGGAGUAUCACGCCGGCGUUUUUCUUGCGCCUGGGACGGGAUCAGGAGGCCUAUGAUUUCUGCAAGUGGUGGGUUACUAAGGGGAGUAGUCUUAGUUGUGACUGGAAGAACGUCAGACAGCUGCCGCAUGAGAUGGGCAGUGGUGGGGAUGCGUGGGAGACUGUGGAGGUGUUUGAACGGGUUAGGAAUUUUGGCGAUGGUUAUGGUGGUGGGGAGAACUUUGCCGUACCCGGUUUCUCUGAUUUGUCGCAUCUUGUUGCGGUUACGCUGGUCAAAGUACGCAUGCUCCUCGAUGUCCGGGUGCUUAUUGAUGGCAUUCGGCCACGGGACUUCGGCGACGUGAGCAGCAGCAGCAUUGUGUUGCGCGACACGGGAGAGGGAGACAUUGGCCAGCCCGAGAUUAUACUCGAAAGAGUAAAGGAUCAGGUCCUGCGGUUGUACCACGCAGUACACAGAGUCAACAAGCACUUCUGGCCUCGAGUGGUAGAGCCCCGGGCCCAUCUAUUGAUGAACCCCCUUAACAUCGGUAUGGGCGAGGAAACGGAGAUGCACAAGGUCUUGCCGGAAUACUACUGUGCAUGGAGUGAAACACCGGGCGCGAUUGAGGUUAUCGAGGAUAUACUAGAGGGACGCGAGAUUUCCUUUUCACGCUUGGUCGGAAGAGGGCUUUUUAAGAAGUAG